AUGCCGCCCAUUCCAGCCAUGCCACCCAUCACAUCCAUCCUCAACCCAACGCCACCCAUCCAUCAGUCCCCAAUAUCCAUCCACCCAUUCCACCCACCAAUGGCAUACCACCCAUCCACCCGAUUCCAUCCACCCUUCUCCAGCCAUCCAUCCAUUGCGCACCCCCCACCAUCCAACUAUCCAUUCCACGUGCGCAUCCAAGUGGGCCUGGAACGCUUCCAUGGCGUGGGUAUCAUGGGCUUCAACUCCGCGGAGUGGGUGAUUGCCAACAUUGGAGCCAUCAUGGCAGGCGGCAUCUCUGUGGGCAUCUUGUGCAGUAACUCUCCGAAAGUCUGCCAGGUCAUCGCCGAGGCUUCAGAGAUGGACAUCUUUGUGGUGGAUAAUGACAGACAGCUGCAGAAAGUUAACCAGAUCCAGGGCUACCUGAAGCAUCUCAAGGCCAUCAUACAAUACAGAGAAGACAUCCAGGAAGUACAGCCAAAUCUAUACUCGUGGAAAGGGUUCCUGGACCUCGCAGAUGGCAUCUCGGAUGAAAAACUGGACCAAGUCAUCGACUCACAGAAGCCUAACCAAUGCUGUGCUUUGGUAUACAACCAGGGCACGUCCGGGGUCCCAAAGGCCAUAAUGCUCAGCCACGACAAUAUCACAUGGACCACAGCAGCCACCGUUCAGAGCCUGGAGUUCAAGUGUCCGCCUGAUGGCCAGGAGAUCUUUGUGAGCUACCUGCCGCUCUGCUUCGCGGGGGCCCAGAUCUUGGAUGUGUGGGUGGCCAUCUCCGUGGCUGCAACAGUCUACUUCCCCUCAGCAGAGGCAGGGAAUUGGAACGGGCCAGCACGAGCCCCCGGCACGGGCUUCCUGAUGGAGAUGCUCCGCGAGGUCCAGCCCACCACGUUCUGCGGCAUCCCGUGGGUGUGGGACCGCAUGCUGGACAGCCUGAAGACCAAACACCUGGAUGCCACCGCCUUCCGCAGGAAGAUUGACCGCUGGGCCAUGCACAUGGGGCUCAGCACCAAUAAGAGGCGGCUGCUCGGGCAGAUCCACCAGCCGCUGUGCUUCGGCCUGGCCAAGAAGCUGACCUUUGACCCCGCCAGGAAAUUCCUGGGUUUCAACCAUUGCCAGCAGUUCCUGAACCUGGGCUCGGGGCUGCCGAGGGCCACGAUAGACUUCUUCCUCGGCCUGGACAUCCCCAUCUUUGAGAUGUACGGCUUGAGCGAGUGCACCGGACUGCACACUCUGUCCAGCCACCAGGCCUACCGGCUGCAAAGCAGUGGGAAGGCACUUGCCAGCUCCCACACAAAGGUGGAAAAAGAGAACCAGGACGGCCUGGGGAACUUGUGUAUAUGGGGCCGCCACAUCUUCAUGGGGUACCUCAACGACAAAGAAGGCACGGAGAAGAAAGUGGACAGCCACGGCUGGUUACACACCAACGACCUAGGCUUCUUGGAUAUCGACAGGUUCCUCUAUGUCAUGGGGAACAUCAACGAUAUGAUCACACUGAGCUCAGGUGAAGUGAUCAACCCGAAUCCCAUUGAGGAGCGAGUGAGGACGCGCAUCCCCAUUGUGCGCUAUGUGAUGGUGGUGGGCCAGGAUGCCCCUUACCUGUGCGCCCUCCUUACAAUGAAGUGUCAGAUCAAUCCGGAGACCGGAGAGGCUCGGAGUGCCCUGACCAGUGAGGUUGUGGCCUGCUGCAGGAAGAUGCGGAGCCAGUCCACCUGGUUGACAGAUGUCCUAUACAACCGUGACCCCUUGGUCACAGAGUUCAUCAGCCAGGGCAUCCAAGACGUGAAUGCUGAGGCACCCUCGGAAGGCACCAAGAUCAUUAAGUGGGUCAUUCUAGACAAUGAUUUCUCUGUUGGCGGCGGGGAGCUUGGGCCCAUGUCCAAGUUGAACAGGACCACUGUGGCCAAGAUAUACCAGGAGGAAAUCCAGAAAUUCUAUGAGAAGCGUUCGAGCUCUUAGCAACCCUGUGCACCCCAACCUUCGCCCAGGUGCUGGUGGUUCGUGUUUUAUAUCCUGCUGUCAAGGAACAAUUUCUACAGUGGGGAAAGUGUUCUUUGUGAGGGCCUGGGUGGAAGGCGCUCUAGUAUUGGGAUCUGAAUUGUAAAGGAAU